AUGAUUUCAAACCCCACCGAGCUCGUCAACCGCGUCUGCAUGUGCGGCUCCGGCGGCCCCAAGAAGUGCGCCUGCGGCGAGGGCUGCGGCUGUGGAGGCUACCUGCCUUGCACUAUGCUGACAAUGGUGACGACCCAAAGCGACGAGGGCGACGAGGGCGACAAGGGCGACAAGUGCGACAAGUGCGACAUGGUAUGUACUAUGAUACCUACUGUUUCGAUCCCUGCGUAUUGCCCGGGCCCGUGUGGGGACAUCAAUGAUCAUGAUCCAGCGUUCUACAUAGUUCGGACUCGUGGAAGGGACUGCACUACAUACAUCCAGUCCGUCCGGAAGUUGAGGUCCAACGGAACGGACCGCAUGUCGGUGAAGGAAUCCUGUUUAAUAUCCUCGAGCAUCAAGGCCGGCGAGUGA